UAGUAAAACUUGACUUGGUUGGUAGACAGACAGUGAGUACAGUAGUUUCAAUAAUUUUAUAGUUUCAUGACAAUAUGGAGUCGUGAGAGUUCAAGUUCUACGCGGAAUGACAUGGAGUUAUAAAUUAUUUAGGAAAUUGUGACCUGUCAUAUUGAGUGUGAUGGCGACACGAUCAAGUCGGUGUGGCCAUGUUGCGUCCAUGGGCUUUAUCUCGUCCAGCCAUGUUGAGAGUGCCAAGGAUGUAAGUUUACAGCAAUGUCACUCGUGUGAGAUGCGGGGAGCGAACCUGUGGUUGUGUCUACACCGGGAUUGCCUGCGCAUUGGCUGCGGAGACUCAGGCCAAGACCACAGCCUCCUGCACUUCCAGAAGUCGCCUCAUCACUGUGUCCACCUGAACCUCUCUACACUGCGGGUGUGGUGCUAUGUAUGUGAUGUGGAGGUGUUCCUAGAGCCGCAGAGCACUCGGCCAACCCCCGUUGACUUUGGGGAUGAUGACUCUGAUGAUAGCCGCUCACCUGUGGACGACAACAACAAACCCACUGGACUGACAGGGCUUCAAAACAUCGGCAACACUUGUUACAUGAAUGCAGCACUGCAAGCUCUCAGUAAUACACCACCACUGACCAAAUAUUUCCUAGAGUGUGGGGCAGUAGUAUUUGGUGGAAACAAUGGCGGAGCGGGGGGGCCAGACAGGAAGCCUCCGACACUGAGUCGCUCGUACUGGCGACUCAUGCAGGAUAUGUGGCACCGGAAACGCCUCGCCUAUGUCGCACCCACUGGCAUACUCUAUGGUAUCAGGAAUGUUCACCCGAUGUUUCGAGGAUACCAUCAGCAUGACACACAGGAAUUUCUGCGCUGUUUCAUGGACCAACUCCAUGAGGAGCUCAAGGUGCCCUACAUCCAACCCCCCUUACCCCACAAUACUAGGCAACCCUUCCAUGUGAGGAGAGCUUCAAGUUUGGAUGAGCUGUCGGAUGAGGGGGAAGGGGGAGGAGCCUCUAGUCAGAGUGAGGGGGAGGAAUACGAGACCUGUGAUUCCGGUGUCAGUGAAAGAAGCUCCCUCAGUGAUGAAGGCAGCACCAAACAAGCGGGAUCGUUGUCCAGAUCUCCAACACCCUCCCAGGACAUCCAGAUGUCCUCCCUGGCUUCUCAUGGUUUCCACUCCUCCUCCCACUUAUCGCCGACCAGGGGAAGUCACCGUAGAAAGGCACAGAUCAAGUACCGCAGUAUCAUAUCCGAUGUGUUUGAUGGUAAACUGCUCAGCUCUGUUCAGUGUCUCACAUGCAACAGGAUAUCUACACGGAUGGAAACGUUCCAAGACUUGUCCUUACCUAUUCCCAGUAAGGAUCACCUUACCAUGCUACAUCAGGGCUCAGUCAACAUUGCCAAGUGCCCGGAAUUGUAUUCCACAGACCAGGGCUGGCUGACAUGGCUGUGGGAGUGGGUGUGCAGCUUCUUCUGGGGCCCUACUGUGGGACUACAUGACUGUCUUGCUGCUUUCUUUAGUGCGGACGAACUCAAAGGGGAUAACAUGUAUAGCUGUGAGAAAUGUAACAAACUGCGCAAUGGGGUGAAAUAUUCAAAGGUGCUAGAACUUCCAGAGGUGUUGUGUAUCCACCUGAAGAGAUUCAGACAUGAGCUCAUGUUCUCCUCCAAGAUCAACAACUACGUCACAUUCCCCUUGGAGGACUUGGAUCUCAAACCUUACUUGCAUAAAGACUGCAAGUCAAAGGUGACCAAGUACAACUUGAUCUCGGUGAUCUGCCACCACGGAGCUGCAGGUAGUGGUGGGCACUACACUUGUUAUUCUCUCAAUGACCAGUACAACCAAUGGUACGAGUUUGAUGAUCAGUGUGUCACUCAGGUCCGACCGGAGACAGUGAGGAACUGUGAAGCCUACGUUCUCUUUUACAGGAAAGUGGACAGGGAUAUAUGUGAGCAGCGAGAGCAGGUGUUACAGCUGAGCAAGAAGGCGCUAGGUUGCCAGGAGGACAUGUACGUGUUGAGCCAGGCCUGGAUUACCCGGUUCCUGACGUUCACGGAGCCGGGACCUAUUGACAACACAGACCUGUUGUGUCGACACGGACAGUUAAUACCUGGCGAUUCUUACUCCGCCAACAUGCUCACUCCUGUACCAGCCUCAGUGUGGCAUCACCUCUACAACAUAUACGGUGGAGGACCGACAUGUGCCCAGGACCAGCUGACACAAUGUACUAUCUGUCUGCAGGAGAGUGGGCAUCGGCCUGAUAUCGAGUACAGAGACUUCGCCCGAUGCUCACAGUCAACAGGAAAACUGUACGCCAUAGCUGCUGGGUGGUUCCAAGAAUGGGAGGCCUAUGUCAAGGGGCAGACAUUGGAGCCUCCUGGGCCUGUGGACAACUCACCUCUCCUUACCUGCGACUCCAGCCUCAUAGUUGACAAGGCUUACGUACCUGUGACUGCUGACCAGUGGGCUUUACUCCUUAGGAUUUACCAGGGGGGUCCUGAGGUCGUGGCACAGGAUAGUAGUCUGCCAGUCUCGGUGGUGGAAGGCUCUUCUGAAUCUUUGGAUGUAAAAGAAGUAAAGUUAGAAGAGAGUUUAAAUAAAGAGAAUAAAAGAAAGAUAGAAGAUGUGAUAAAAGAAGAUCAGUGUCUCAAGAUUGACGGAGAUUCACUCAAGAGGCUCAAGAGGAUAGUAGCGAGGAGGAAAAAAGGAAAAUAUCGGCUUACAGCCAAACAGACAACUUUCAGGAAAAAAGGCAAAGUCUGGAGCAGACUGGAGCUCUACUCAGGAGAUGCAAACCGACCGGGGAGAUGGCUUCGCACUCUCAGAGUCCCAAAUAAACGGAAUGUACAAUGAGGCAGAACCCAAGGAGGGUAUGGUGCGCUCACUGUCUCUGUCUGAUGUGAGAAUAUCGGGGCCGGAAUGUGGUGGGGGUGCAGGAGAGCCACACAUGUCAUGUUGACAUUGUUAACCUUCUUCAUCCUUCCUCGUCACACAACUCAUCAUACAGUACCAUCUUACUAGACUGAUAUUUAUUUGAGUUCAUAUAUAAUAUAUUUGUUUAGCUUUAAGAGUUGUGAAUAUUUAAUCACAAGUGGAACUGAUAUCAAAUUUUCGCUCUAAAAUGAAAUGAACUGUGCUCGGGUGUUUUGCCUGCAGUCUCCUGGUGCAUUACUGCAAUUGCCUCUUGUCACUUAUGGGAACCUGUAUUAUACCAAAUACUUUAGUUAGAUUUAAUUGUAUAUUUUUAUUAUAUUGUAAUGAUUGAGUUUUAAAUUGUGUUGGUAUUGGAAAAGUUUCUUCUCAGCUUUGUUAUUGUUAUUGUAAUUAUAUUUCUAAAUCAUAUAAAUAUACCGUACUUUGCGUUUGUUUCUAUA